AUCAUCCAAAAUUUUCCGUUCUAACAAAAAAAAAACACACAAUUAAAGCAGCCACGAUGAGCGAACCCGAGACAUUAACAGUUGACGUCCCGCAAAGCCCCAGCAAGAUUGUGAGCACAGUUAAAACGCACGGUCCUGGUGAUGCCACAGUUAUAAGUAAAACCUACGUUAGAUUGCCUUUAACGACGUGCAGAGAUACCGAUGGGAGGAAAGACAGCAAACGCGAUUUAUCGUUCAAGGAGUUCGAUAAGACUAUAAUACAGCAAGAUCAUAAGCCGAAGCUUCCCGCGAUCAGUUCGAAAGCGGAGUGUUUCACCCCGAUGCCGUACAUGUUUCGAAUUCCGGCUCUUCAGACGGCCGGAGCGGCGCCAAUCUCGUUGAAGACGACGAAAUGUCCGCCGUUCUACAUACAGUUGGAUCACGCCAUCGCCGUUGUGUGGAGUCUGUUCUCGCACGAGGAGUACCGGAAACCCUUGGGGAUCAAUCAGCUGCAAUGGGCGUACGCGUUUCUGGACACCAUAAGGGAUUUCAAAGGCAAACACUCGCCUGACGUCGAGUACUGCUUGGAUGUCAUCUCCGACGAGCUGAUCGCUCAGUACGCCGAGCUCGCCGACGACGUGCAGUUCAUCAAGGAGUCGAAGGACAAGAAGAAGGUCACUUCUACGCCGGCCAAAAACGCUUCGAAAGGGUCCAAUCUGCAAGAGGAAUCGGGCACCAGCUGGAAGACCGCAUCCACCGGAUCGGUUAAAAACGAAAAGUCGGAUGUGAUGGUGAAGAGGGACGUUCCGUUUUCCAUCAAUUACAUGGACAUGAUUACGAGGACCCCGUCGAACAUUCAACUCGACAAUUCGAAGUCGUGCAAAUCGUGCGGCGCAGUUGGAACCGAAGCGAACGCGUCCAAAUCGAACAUGCUCAACUUCUUGUCGGAGUGGAGGAAGGAUCAGGUCAAGAAGAUUCACAUGGAGUUGGAUCGUCUUCAUUCGAUUGAAACGUACAUUGGAAACGCGAAUUCGGGCGUCGAACCCUACAUGGACGAGAAGGACAAGGAAAUGCACGUGCUGCUGGGUGAAAAGAUGAAGAGGAUGCAAUAG